CGCCGCUGCAGCGGGUGAAGAAGAAGAAGAGUCCUUAAAGCGUGAACGCGUGUUUGUUUGUUUGCGUAAUUAGUUUAUUUUUCGUCCUCCGUCGCUUUAGUUGUCGUGUUUUAUAAUCUGUCGUUUUUAAAAUGCCCAAGCGCUCCUAUCCGUUCAGCGAGAGCUUCUCCUCGCAGUAUAAAGUUCAUGUUGGCCAGAAGCAGAUCAAUAACUGCGGAGCUUUUGGACUCAAAUACAGACAAGAGGUUUAUGAAAAGACCAAAAACCUGCUCUUCAAUGGGACCAAAGCCAUGAUGGGUCGAAUCUGGAAGGCAGACGCACUUGUGUCCGGUCCGGCCGCUGUGUCUCCGGCUCCUGGACCUCAGACGCUUCUCAAAGGACAGACACGCAUCGGGCUGGACGGACGGUUACAGAGAGCAAGCGCUGCUCCAGGUUGUGCAGCGGCUCCUUCAGCGUGUUGUGUGUGUCAGAGGGUCUCGGGUUUGAGGAAGCCGUGCUCUCAGUGUGAGCGUCCCGCGUGUGCAGCGUGUAUCCGGCAGUGCAACAUCUGCUCCGACCGCUGCUGCUCCCUGUGCACCAUCACCGAUUACAGUGAGCGUUAUGAGCGCGUCCUCUGCUGUGGCUGUUCAUCCUGAUAGCACUGAUCAGAACAGACGACUGAUGACCAUUACGCCAGACAAGAUUAAGGCAUUACCAAUUAAAUGUAAAUGAGAUUACUAUUUUAUAUAUGCUUGCACUGUUUCUUGCUCUUUCCCUCCUUUUAUGUACAAACUCCUAUGAUUAUUGAAAUAAAUACUUGACAUUAAUACUUUCAUAA